UCCACUUUAAUUUUUAACCCAAAAAAUUAACGUCUUACAUUUAUACCCGCACUCCAACCAAUACAUUACAUAAGCUAGCUUGUGGUGGGAAGGAAGGAAAGGUGGAAUACCGUAGCUUGUUGUGUAAAAAUGGAUGCAAGCCCGGGGAAAUACACAGAAAUGGAGAGUAGUGUUACUAAAGGCGAAACCGAAAUGCCAAAAGACACCUCCAGGGUUGCAUACAUAAUCCACUUCCUGCUAGGUGCAGGGAGCCUUCUGCCGUGGAACGCCGUGAUCACGGCAGUCGACUACUUCGGGUACUGCUACCCGGCCUCCCUCCACGUCGAGAAGGUCUUCUCCGUGGGGUACAUGGCCUCUUCUCUGGCAACCUUGGUGGCCAUGUUAGUGGGGUUUGGGACAAGCCACGCCGGUCUGGCGCAGAGGUUUAGGGUCAGAACGAACAUGGGAUUCUCCAUGUUCGUUCUGUCCCUCAUGCUGACUCCAGCCAUGGACUGGUGGCUGCAGGAGAAGAAGGGGCCCAGUGCUGGGAAAUGCGCCACGCCGUACCCUGCGGCGGUUGCCGCGGUGGUGGUCUGCGGUUUGGGGGACGGUCUGGUCGGAGGAGCGCUGUUUGGGUCUGCUGGGAAGCUGCCCAAGGAGUACAUGCAAGCCAUCUUUGCCGGGACGGCCUCUUCAGGGGUUUUCAUAUCCACAUUGAGACUCAUCACAAAAGCAUCCCUCCCGCAGACGCCAGAGGGCCUAAAAACCAGCGCACACCUCUACUUCAUCGUCAGCACCGCAAUUCUCCUCCUCUGCAUUGCCUCUUCCAACCUCCUCUACAAGCUGCCCGUGAUGAACCACCACCACGGGCCCGCCCCUGCAGGCGGCGAUAAGACUCAGAGAUUCUGGGUGGUGGCACGGGCGGUCAGAUGGCCCGCCUUUGGGGUCUUCAUGAUUUACACUGUCACCUUGUCCAUCUUCCCGGGUUUCCUGGCCGAGAACAUCCGGUCCGGCACCCUAAAGGAUUGGUACCCUAUCCUGCUCAUCACUCUCUACAACGUUUCGGAUUUCUUGGGGAAGUCCGCGACCGGAGUCUAUGUGGUGAAGAGCAUUGGGAAGGCCACAUGGGGCUGUGUGGGCAGGAUUCUGUUGUACCCUUUCUUCAGCCUCUGCCUCCACGGCCCCAGGUGGUUGAAAACCGAAACGCCCAUUAUAUUUCUUACCGUGACUUUGGGAAUAACCAACGGGUACUUGACCAGCGUUCUCAUGAUCCUUUCCCCGAAAACGGUCCCGGUCUCCGAAUCGGAGACCGCUGCCAUUGUCAUGGCUGUUUUUCUUGGAUUGGGUUUGGUUUCGGGCUCGGUUCUCGGAUGGGUUUGGAUCAUAUGAACUCGGAAUGGUUGUUUGUUUGGGUAAUGUGCGUGAAACCGGCCGUAGGGUCAAUUCAAAGUUUGUGCACCGGACCAAAACCAAUGGGAAGGGCGGCAUGAUAAAUUUGAUCUUUCUUCUUCUGAAUGUAGAAUUAGAAUGCAGGUGAUAUGUAGCUGUUUGAGAAGCAGAGAUCCUAAUGUGUUGAAUCAUUUAUUGCAAAUCCAAAACUUGGGUAUCAAUAUAAUGUUUUUUUUCCCCUUCAAACAAAAAUGUGAGUCAGAUAGUGCACUUAUUAAAAAAUCAAAGGGAAUUUAUAAUAAAUAGCAUUAAAACAU